AUGUCUCAUUUUAUUCUUGAAGUCUUGAGUUUGCUUUUUAAUGAUACGCAAAUUAUGAGCAACUAUUGGUUUACAAGUCAAGUUCAGGGUAAUAUGAUUAUGGCGUUAUAUAAUAAACUUUGCGAAAAGGAAAAUAUGUAUAAAAAUCAUCUAAACCACAUUGAUAAACAUAAAAUUAUUUCCCAAACUUAG